AUGCCUCAGGUCAUUGGUGCAGCAAGUCACGUGAUCUGCCUCUUCCACUCACCUUUGCGCUCACUCCUCCUCCGCGCUGUCCACUCCGGGCGGUGUCGCGGCUCCAGCAGCCAGUGUCAGGUGUCUGGCAGGUUUUCUCACAAACUUUGGCUAAACGGAAGUUCCCACAGGUUGACAGCCAUGGAGAACGGCUCAUUUGUUCGGGGCUCCAAAGCGACGCAGUCCCUGCGUAUCACCGCCAAGGAGCUGUCGCUCGGCGGGCGAGGGAAAAACUCUGGCCUUGCAAAAAUAUUCUCCAAGUACCAGAAGAAUGCAGAUAAAUCCAGUGCAGAGAAGAAAGGAGCCACUGAUGAUGCUCCAUCCUCUCUGCGCUCUGGGAAACUGAAUUCCCUGAAGAAUCAAUUUGAAAAAACAGUCAACCUAAAUCAGGAUAAAAAGCCUCCUGUUCCACCUCCGAGCGGCUCCAGCAUUCUCCGCUCACGCUCCGUCCUGACCAGGCCCACUGCCAUCCGCGAGGAGCCCGCCGCGCCCGUCAAGAACCAGGACCUGCGCGCCGACAGGGGGCAUCAGAGCGUAGCCAGACCCGAGCAGCAGCAGCCGCCGCCGCCUGCCGCCCCGGCGGGCGACAAGCAGAGAGGGAUGGACGGGGAUGAGGCCGCAAACAGGCGAAAACCCGAGCGGAUCGAGGAGGAAGCUCCCACCAGCCCACUCGCCACUUUUGAGAAACCCAAAGUGCAGCUGACCGACCUGAAGAUGAAGUUUGAGAAGGGAGAAGACGCCGCUGGAAAGGUCGGCAGGUCGACGAUUCGCAGCACUUCGUCUGAAGACUCAGAACGUCCUAAAAGUUCGUCUCCGCUGACCCGCUCUGCGUCUGUGAGGGUGAAUAAGGCCAAGUACGAGCUGAGUGUCGCUAAACAUAACGCCGGCUGCUCUAUCGACCAACCAAAAGGGACUGCUAUCAGAAAAUCUGUGUCCAUGAGAGUCAAACAGACUCCAGCAGCAGAGUGCAAUGGGGAAGGAACUGAGCAACCCAAAGCAACCAGGAUGUUUCGUGUACCAGAGGCAACAAAAUGCGCUGCCUGUCAGAAAACGGUGUAUAAUCUGGAGAAACUGGUGGUUGGUGAGCACACUUACCACAAAAACUGCUUCGCCUGCUCUCACUGCAGCACAAAGCUGAAUCUGUGGAACUACGCCUCCCUGCAUGGUAAGAUCUACUGCAAGCCUCACUACAACCAGCUGUUCAAGGCCAAAGGGAACUACGACGAAGGCUUCGGCCAUCGCCCUCAUAAGGAGCUGUGGGAGCCUCGAGACGACGGAGAGGAAAGCGAGGAGCCGCCGAAGCCCAAAGAGCGACCAGUGGAGGCGAAGCAGCCGGCUGAGAGCGUGUCCGAGCCGCAGCCGGAUCCCAGCGGGGAAACGUCGCCACAGGUCAAGGUCACAGACAUGGCCGCCUUGCUGGAGACCCGCACAAAAACGCGGGCCGGCUCCGGAGAGACGCAGCAGGCUGCAGACAAGCCGGCCGAGAAGCGGCGGCUGAAGGUGGCCUGGCCGCCUCCGGCCGGCGAAGACCACCCUGGACCGCUGAGUCCAUCCGCCGAGGACGUCCCCUCAAACAGAACCCGGAGAGCCAAGUGGCCCCCAGAGGACGAGGUCCACUCAUCCUUCCAGAGCUCAGAGCAGGCCGAGCUGAAGAGCCUGAGGAGGACCGCGUCUCUGAAGGAGCGCAGCCGUGUGUUCACAGUCGCAGCCAAACCGAAACCGACUCCCACAGCCGCCGAGGGCCGCAGGGAGCCGCGGCGGCCGCUCAAACAACUGCAGGACUGGAGGGCAUCGCUGGAGGAGAAACAACCAUCUGAAGACAAACCCGAAGUAAACCACCAGCAGGAGGAAAAGGAAGAGCAGAGGCCAAAUGGAGGCGUGAGCACCCCGAAGGAGGAGAAUCCGACUGAAGACAAGGAGGAACGGAAGGAGAAGCGCUCCUCCCAGGAUGUGGGCUUCUGGGAAGACAAGGAGGGGAGCGACGCUGAGGACCUGAGCGCCGAGGACAUCAUCAAGAAGAACCGCUACUACGAUGAAGACGACGAGGAUUCGAUAGUAUAAGUAGCUUAAAAAUCCACUUCCAGCAACCAAAAAAGAAAAAAAAAAAAAAAACACUUUUAGCUCAAAGGUGGCCGAUUAGUUUAGCUUUACCAGAUUUUACUCCUGCAGAAACCAAAACUAUACCAGCUAUCUGUGAAUCAAAUCUUUUAUUGUUCUUUUUAUGUUUCAGUUAUAUUUGUAAAAAGGAUUAAAACUUUUUUUUUUUUUGAUCAUGUGCCCUUUGAAAAAUGAAGAACAGCUUUUAAAUUAGUUUUAGUUUUGGCUCUGCAUUUGAUUUUUACUCCUGAAAACUUGUUACAGCUCUCUUCUUCGCUCAGGGAUCAAACAGCUGGUUGAACGGUUUUGUCCUUGCCUUCAUUUUACAUGAAUACUGCUUCCUUUCACUUUUCUGUUUUAAACUGGGGUUUUUUUUUUUAGUUUAAAUGUUUUAUCUGCUUUUAACGUUUUCUUUGCAGAAUGCCUGGCUGAUCUUCCACAUACCGCUUGUGCAAUUAAAUUUUUUUUUUCAUUAUUGCAUAUUACAAAAUUUGCAUAUUUUUGUAAAUUCAUCUCUUGAAAUGAAAACGGACCAAAUGAGCUGCCAAAGUUUUGUGGUAAUUCCUAACAUCUCCAGGGGCCUUUUUAAGUUUAAAGGAACAUUUUCAAAUGUAAUCCAUUUUGUAGGCGAAACAUUUUCAAUGUAUUUUCAUGUUAUGGAGUUCAUACAUGUUUGCACAACAAUUUGUCUUCUUGUGACUGGAGAUCACAACCCGUUUCUGAAACAGAAUUAAAAUGUACUACUGAA